AUGGCGUCCGCCGAGCAGGACCCGCUGCUCCUCCUGCGCCAGUCCAUCGCCUCCAAGCGCGCCGCGAUCCCCUCAGCCUCCCCAGACGCCGCCGACGAGGCCCCCCUCGCCCGAGCCACACACCUGCACUUCCCUCACCCGCGACCAGUCUCCAUCAGCCUCGGCACGCCGACGCGCUUCAUCAGCAGCGACCGCCCCGUCGACCUGCGCUCCAUCUACUUUGCGUGGCUCAACAAGGAUGUCGCCAUCCCCGAGUACAACGCCUCGGCCACGCGGCUCAACGACGACCUCGGCGCCCUCGGCAAGGUGCAGAACCUCGCCUUUGUGGAGCGGCUCGAUCUCUUCACCUGGCUCGAGGGUGCGAGCGAGGAGUCGGAGCACAUCAGGCCGCUGGCCGGCGAGGGCAAGGACGGCGCCGCCGCCGCGAGUGCCGUCAAGGCUGCGCCGUCGGCGGCCGUCACACGGAGUGGACGCGGAACGCUAGACCCGCGGGCUGGCUGUCAUCUACAACGGCGAGCGCAGGAUGGGCGAUCGCAAUUCCGUCCUUCGCGGCGUCAAGCCCACGGCCGCUACGUCGCCCCCGACAGCAGCAGCGCCUCGUCGUCGUCGGGCAUGCUCCACGUGUCCCGCGUCCUCAAGGACAUUGAUCCGGCGCGCCCCAUGCGCUUCAUCCUCGUCGAAGGCCCCGAGCAGUUCAAGCCCGAGUACUGGAACCGCGUCGUGGCCGUCUUCACGACGGGCCAGACGUGGCAGUUUAAAAACUACAAGUGGAACCAGCCCCAGGAGCUCUUCCGCCACGUCCAGGGCAUCUUUGUCGGGUGGCGCGGCGAGACGCCGCCCGAGAACGUGCGCAACUGGGGCCACCGCGUUAUGCAGCUGGGCGUCGACAGGCCGCGGCACGCCGUGGGCGCCGUCCCCGGCGCCGGCGACGCCGCGCGCUUCCGCGACAAGGAGGUCGUCGAGGCCAUCUGGAAGCAGGUCGAGGCCCAGAUGCGGGCCAAGGGGUGGUCCAAGAACACGGCACCGACGCUCAUCUAG